AUGGAACCAGGAGGAAAGAUCCCAGGCUACGUUGUCACGGGUAAGCUCGGCAGCGGAAGCGACAGCGAGGUGUACGAAUGCGUGAAGAAGGAGGACCCCAUGGCGAGGAAGGUUGCUGUGAAGGUCAUCAGGAAGGACCAGGCCCCCGAGCGACUCGAACGGUCGAGGAAGGAGGCCGAGAUGCACGAAUACUUCGAAACCGAAGACUCGCUCUACAUCGCGCUCGAGUGUGCUGGCGGGGGCGACCUCUUUGAAGUCCUCUACAGCCACGAGCUCAACCCUUCGCAGACCGUCCUUGAAGAGAAGAUCUUCACCCAGACCGCGCUCGCAGUCAGCCACAUGCACAAGAGAGGUGUGUGCCACCGCGACCUCAAGCCCGAGAACAUCUUUCUGGACAGCGAGUGGAACGUGAAGGUGGGCGACUUUGGCCUCUCGCUGCGCUACUUGCCCGACCGCAAGGCCAACGACCCGGUGGGCUCCCUCAUCUACGCUUCGCCUGAAGUCCUCCGCCGCGAGUCCUACGUCGGACCCGAGCUCGACGUGUGGGCUCUGGGCAUUCUAUUGUACGAAAUGCUGUGCGGGACUCCACCCUUUGUGGGCGAGACCGAGCGCGAUCUGUGCAAAGCGAUUCUGGCGGGCGAGUACUCGGUCCCCGAUUUUGUGUCGCCCGGCGCCCGAUCGCUCAUCAGCAAGAUGAUCAAGCUCAAGCACUACCGGAUCACGCUCGACGAAGUGCUGAGCCACCCGUGGGUCGUCGAGGGCAUGCCAACGGCGGUGACAGUCCAGCGAAGGAGCCGAAAGAGGCGCGGCUCCAUCAUGGCGGCUUCGUCGGAGGAUUCGGGUUCGCCGCAUUCGAGGCAGGCACCCAAGGAGGGACGCAAGAAGCGGAAGGAGGGCAGCGCCAGAAAGGCCCGCAACGAGGAGGAGAAUCGGGAGCGAGCGAACCCAAAACAGGAACAGGCUGGUGUAGAGAGCGAAGGGCGCGGGGCCAGCACGACAACCGCCGACACGUCGGAGGUAAAGGUCGAAGUCGAGGUGGUGCCGCUCGGUUUAGUCCCGUCGACGCCGAAAGACUUCAUGAUGAUCUCCUCCAGCGAUCUCGCCGCGGCUCAGCCGCGAGUGCUCAACGACGACGAGGAGCUGGCCACGGGCGGCACCGAAUCGCCGGUGGUCUCGGACCUGGUGCCCCUCGUCGUGCCGGCCGAGAGCCCCACCGCCGGCGUGACCCUCGCAGGCAAAUCGACGCUGCUGAAGCAGAGGGACGACGACAUCGCCGGCACGCUAUCGGGCGACCUGGAGAAGCUCAAGCUCUCGCUCGAGUUCCCCACCUACUCCAAGCUGGCGUCGGUGCGGGAGCAUGCCUCGGUACCCGUGCCUCCGCUCCGCUCCUUCUCCUCUCCCGUCGUGCAAUUCUAA